CUCUUGUUUCAUGGCCUAACAUCCACCAGUAGGAGGCAUUAUCUGAACACCGUUGGGAAAUAUUCAUUCCUAGGGAAUGACAUUGUUUCCUUAUCUGGCUGAAUUCAGUCUGAGAAGGAGGACUGUUGUUUCUAAUGAAGAAAGAGCUCCACCCUCGGCCACUGCCACAGCAGCUCUGCCAACAAAUACGAGCAAAGCGUUUUCCCUCUGUGUAUCUCCAACAUGGAUGCUUUUCAGGGGUUCUUAAAAUUCAUCCUCAACCAGAAAACUGUUAUUGGCUACAGCUUCAUGGCUCUGCUGACCGUGGGAGGUGAGCGUCUUUUUUCACUAGUGGCUUUCAAGUGUCCCUGCGGCACUGAGAAUGUGAUCUACGGACUGGCUUUCCUGUUUGCUCCUGCCUGGGUGUUACUGAUCCUGGGAUUCUUUCUGAACAACAGGUCUUGGAGACUCUUCACAGGCUGCUGUGUGAAUCCCAGGAAAAUCUUCCCCAGGGGCCACAACCGCUGCUUCUUCUCCGUCCUCGGGCAGAUCAUUCUGAGUUCACUGGUGGCCCCAGUGAUGUGGUUGUCAGUGGCUUUGCUCAAUGGGACUUUUUAUGAAUGUGCAAUGAGCGGGACCCAAAGUCCAAGACUCCUCGAUCUGAUUUGCAAAGGCAAGCCUGAAGAGUGCUGGAAAGAACUUUACAAGGUAUCUUGCGGAAAAACCAGCAUGACUCCCACAGACAACGAAGAACUGAAAUUGUCGCUGCAAGCCCAGUCUCAGAUUCUAGGAUGGUUCCUGAUUUGUUCCGCAUCUUUCUUCUCUCUGCUCACCACAUGUUAUGCUCGCUGCCGAUCUAAAGUUAGUUACCUUCAGCUGAGUUUUUGGAAGACAUAUGCACAGAAGGAGAAGGAGCAGUUGGAAAACACAUUCGUGGAUUAUGCCAAAAAGCUGAGUGAAAGAAACCUGAAAUGCUUCUUGGAAAACAAGAGGCCAGAUGUCUUUCCCAUGCCCACCUUUGCGGCCUGGGAGGCUGCUUCGGAGCUCCAUUCCUUCCACCAAAAUCGGCAACACUACAGCACCCUCCACAGGGUGGUAGAGGAUGGUCUGGACCUUCGCCCGGAGGAUGAGGAGACCACAAUGAUGCUUAUGGGUACCGCCCAAAACGUGCAGCUCACCCACCAUCACUGACUCGCGGGGUCCAGACAUCUUCCUCCCGCAUCAACGGCUACCUGAGUAUCUUGGCGUUUUCUUCCAUUUUAGUAUUUCUUAAUCAGACAAUAACACAAAGGGCAGCAGCUUUUGAGCCAUGACAAGGUAUCAUGUGCUCAAACUGAUGCUGAGUGACUGGCCAAAGAUGGUGACAAUGUGCUCUUGUAUUGGUUGGGGGUUGGGGGUGGGGCUCGGGGGCUUCCGGUUCUAAGAUUCGAUGGCUAACAGUGAGACUCAUGCAAGAAGUUCUGCCACUAUGUAAAUACAGUCACGGAAUUCAGGGGGAGAAGUGGUGACUUGUGAGUGAGCGUGGUCCCCUUAACAGACUUCUGUUAUUAACAGACUUCCCACUUCCACACAGUGGGAUCUGCGAUGUAGUUGGUAGAAAUCCUCGUAGUAAAUCUAUCUUAUUACCUUCCAAGGAUAUAUGAAAUGCUACCAUUUAAAAUUCAUUUCCUUGGAAUCUGAAGACAUCAGUUCUCAAAAAUAACACAUUGAAAGGAUGUGAUGCCAAAAAUUCAGAGCUUUUCCCAUGUUUCCACUAUGCAUUGAAAGUAGACCCCUGGAGUCAGAGCUGUAUUAUGACUCUUGUGGGCUCUAGGCACUUUUGCCUUCUUGGGCUUAUUUCUACAUUAAAAAAUACACAUGUACACAUACACACAAGCACACACACACCUAUACUUAUGACUAUUGAUAUAAAGGCAUAAAUUAAUAUUAUAUACGGCUUCCCAGGUGGCUCAGUGGCAAAGAAUCUGUCUGCAAUGCGGGAGACCCAGGUUCAAUCCCUAGGUCAGGAAGAUCCCCUGGAGAAGGAAAUGGCAACCCACUCCAGUAUUCUUGCUUGGGAAAUCCCAUGGACAGAGGAGCCUGGCAGGCUACAGUCCACAGGGUCACAAAAGAGUUGGACAUGACUUAGUGACUAAACAGCAAAAACAAUAUUAAUAUUAUAUGUUAGAACUUUUUCCCAACCUUAAAGUUCAUUUAUUACCUUGUGACUUUAUAAGAAACUAAAAACACUUUAGUGGGCUCCUACAGAAUGCAAAUUUUGUAUUCUAUUAUAUAAUAUAUCCACAUUAGUUUAAGUAUAUAGAUAUAUUAUGAGUGGAAUCAAUAUUUAAGGAAGAGGUACCGUGUUUUAGGCUGUGGCUCACAUCUUAUACCAUAGAGGGUCCUUGCCUCCUCAUUGGAGAAUCUUGGGGCUGAAUUCCUUAUUACCAUGGUACACUAUCCCAAAUUGGGGAAAGGAUCCUAUAGGUUUAAGACCUGACACAUAUCCUUGGGAACUUGGAGGUGCAGAGUCAGGUUGCAUCUGUGUGUGUGUGUGUGUGUGUGUGUGUGUGUGUGUGUAGGUGGGAGAGUGGGAGGUGGGGGCUGUGAGGUUGUAAUAUUGUUUGGGUUUUAAACAUGGUGUGUGACAAAUGUGUAACAAUUGGUUCCUGAAAAAAAAAGUGGUUAUUUGAAGUGUUUGCCCAUUUCUAUGUUGUAAUUUCAAGUUACCAAGGUGAUAUCACUGAAAUCAGAGUUAGGAAGAGAUGCUAAUCAUGGACAAUAUGAGCCAGAACUUUCUAAGAAGAUUUUGUGGUGCAUUUACUCUCAUUCUAGCCAAACUGUCUCUGGUACAACUUUGGUGCGUCUGAGUUUCACUGCAAUAAAACCUAACCAUGGUAGAUUAAA